GUUAGCCGGUCUUUUUCAUUUGCUUUAAUCAGCUGCACUUGUUUCAUCCACCCUCACAAAAUGCCUCUGACCUUUGAGCUUUGUCCCGGACGGAUGGUCGGAGGGAACCAUCCCUGCUUCAUCAUAGCUGAGAUAGGACAGAACCAUCAAGGGGAUAUAAAGAUUGCCAAGGAGAUGAUCAAGAUGGCAAAGGACUGUGGUGCAGAUUGUGCCAAAUUCCAAAAGAGCAACUUGGCAUGCAGAUUUAACAAGCAAGCCUUGGAGCGCCCUUACAAUUCCAAAAACUCCUGGGGGAAAACCUACGGCGAUCACAAGCGUCACCUUGAGUUCAGUCAUGAGCAGUACAGGGAGCUGCAGAAGUAUGCCACAGAGCUGGGGAUCUUCUUCACAGCCUCUGGGAUGGAUGAGAUGGCAGUGAGGUUUCUGGAUGAAAUCAAUGUGCCUUUCUUCAAAGUGGCUUCUGCAGACACCAACAACUUUCCUUAUCUGGAGGAAACAGCUAAGAAAGGUCGUCCCAUGGUGGUGUCCAGUGGGAUGCAAUCCAUGGAAACAAUGCGUCAAGUCUACAAGACAAUUAAGAAACACAAUGAAAACUUUGUCAUCCUUCAGUGCACCAGCACCUACCCUCUGGAUCCUGCUGACGUCCACCUCAGAGUGAUCCCGGAAUACCAAAAGGAGUUUCCAGAUAUUCCCAUUGGAUAUUCCGGCCACGAGUCUGGAAUUGCUAUAUCGGUGGCAGCUGUGGCUCUGGGCGCAAAGGUCAUAGAGCGUCAUGUAACUUUGGACAAAACAUGGAAAGGAAGUGACCAUGCAGCCUCACUGGAGCCUUCUGAACUGGCUGAACUGGUUCGCUCCAUUCGAUUGGUGGAAACAGCAAUGGGAAGCAACAUCAAGAAGAUGCUCCCCUCUGAGGAAUCAUGCCACUCCAAGCUGGGCAAGUCUGUAGUGGCCAAGGUAAAGCUUACCAAAGGGACGGUCCUGACUCUGGACAUGCUGAGGGUGAAGGUGGCUGAGCCCAUGGGCAUCAAAGCUGAGGACAUCUUCAAGCUGGUUGGAAAGACCAUGAAAAAGGACGUGGAGGAGGAUGAGAGCAUCAGGCCUGAUGUGGUGGACAAGUAUGGCAAUAAAUGAUGAAGAACAGAAGAUGCUGGACAUGGUGCUAAUUGUUAAAGGUUACUUAGUUUAGAAUAUAGUCCAAGGUCAAAAUGAGACAUGAAGGUAAUUUUACUUGGUGUGGGUGAGAUUCUUGACAUGAGUCAUGAAUCAAAGGAAGUUUCUAACUCUGGUUGGGAUUGUUGCUGUGCUGCAAAACAGCUGGAUGAUGCUUUCAGGUAAGUCGAAACAUCAGUUUGCAUUAAAGCUAUGAUAGCGAAUUAGCAAAACAAGCUAGUUUACUUUUUUCAUGCCUGUCAACAAGGCUCUGUAUUUAUUUUUAUACUUUAAUAAUUAAUGAAGUGAUUCUCUCAUAUUUGUCUAAAAAACCUCCCCCAAUAACACGGCUCGGCCUGAAACCAACGAUUGGACCAUCCAGUUGACAGUCUCACCAAACUACUACACUUCCGCAUUUACCUGGCUCCUCCACUCAUUAUGCACUUGCACAUUUUACAACAGAACACCAUUGGUGUGAGAGGCUCUCUAUUCAAUAAUAUCAGAGGAGAAACAGCCGGCUGCUACCAAUUCAACUUUAGGACAAACUAUCAGAAUCCCAAACAGAAGGACACCAUUUGAAGUCAUGGACAACAAAAGAUGUAUUUCAUUAUUAUUUUUAUUUUAUUUCAUCAAUUUUAAAAUCAACAUCUAGCUUUCAUCAUCUGAUUAUUCCUGUUGCAGCUCUGAUUUUUAUGGUUUGAGCUCAUUUAAAUCUGAACUCUGACCUGUUCUGGAACAAGGAACCUAUAAAAAAACAAUUGACGUUCUUUGUUCAGCUCUGAGUGAAACAUUUACAUGGAAGUGAUUUGGCUGGUGCCAAAGUCCAUCAGAAAAUGAUUGGUUAGAUACUAGUUAUUGGUGAAUCCAUAUAAACUUGUAUUCAAAAGGUUCUGGAAAUCUGAGGAAAUCUCAAAGUGUAAACGUUGAUAUUAUGUUUGAAUAUUUGUGAUUUGAUGCAAAUAGACACGAUUUGUGCAUUUUAAGCUGCUUUUCAUCAUUGACAUAUGCAUCCCAACCAGAUUAAAAGCACAAAACAGCUCAAAAGAAACAUUA